GUAUGCGCCCGCUGACUCAUCGAAUCAAAAGCAGACCAUCAGCUCGCGACACCAACGUGUCCGCUGUCGUCAUGACCUUCGACCCCCGUCACAAAGAAGCGCGUUCAUCCUCGCGCGUCGGACACAGCUUGGGUUCAUGCACAUCACCCGGCCCGCGAUGUGGCGUGGACAUCUGGUUCUGGUGAAGCCCGUUUGACUCAUGGCUGAGUGUCCCGGUGUUUCUGCUGUGUCACUGAAGCCUGAAACGCACUGACAGAGGAAAUUACCUUUUCAGUCUGGUCCUGGAACGUGCUGUGCACACGCGCAGGACACGGAUGAAGAAGAUGAUGACAAAGGUUUUCUGGAUAAAAAAAGUGUGUGUGUGUGUGAGAGUAAGUGAGUGAGUGAGUGAGUGAGUGAGUGUGUGUGUGUGUCAGCAGCUGCUCCUCACUAACUGGACCAGAACACUGCACUGAGUGUCCUGGAGCCGGGCGUGUAGCGGCUCUGCUGAAGUUGUGUAACUCUGGAAUGUGAAAUGUGUUUCAGCACAAAACCGCAGAGUGUUUCACUGGCAGCCUCAGCGCUGGAGCUUCCGGAGGGUCCGAGACACUGAGCCGAGCGGUACGAGGUUCUGGAGAGGUGAAAAUUGGAGGUUUGUUCGCUGGAAUUCGGUGUCGAGUUUCCAGGCGCUUCAGUCAACUUCAGACCUGGGCAGUCGACGCCAGAACUUUUCCGGAAUUGGAGAGACGCCGGGGCCAUUCAGUCCAGAACCGGAACCAUCCACGUGAAGGGGAGUCAGACUUCAGAUUCAACACAUCAGAGACUCGAUGGCGCCCCCUGGGGAAGGCCAUCUUUCCAUGCUGCUGGUCGCAGUGACGCUCAUCCGAGGUUCAAGUCCCACUGUGACAUCAGAGGUCCAGAGUUUCAGCACUGCUCUGGGCUCUCAAGACUCCCGGGCUCUGGCUUUGCCAUCAGACGAUUAUUACGACACACUGGACCCGGUUUCCACAGUUCCACCCCGUCCGAUGUCAUCGACGGACGGGAGAAGCUUCCAGAGGUGCAAGUAUGAUCGCUGCGUGGACAACCAGCUGCCAUGCGACAAGCUGGCUGCCGCCACCGGCUGCCGCUGUCCCGGCUUCACCCUCUACAACCAACUGCCCGACCCUCCUGACCAGCUCAGCCUGUCCUGGAACGGGUCUGAGGUUCUGGUCCGGUGGUGCUCCCCCUACUCUCACGUGACCGGGUACGUGGUGACAGUGGGAGGAGAGGAGAGGCGAAGGUUCGGGGAGAACCAGAGGAACGGGGGGGUCGGUGACAUCCAGGAGAUAUCAGAGGUCUGCGUGGUCGCUGAGAACGAUGCAGGGGUCAGCGGCAAGUCCUGUACGAUGUUCCGACCCAGGAGCCGCAGUGUGGCUGUGAGGGCCGGACUCAUCGCUGGAGGGCUGGGCCUCUUGCUGCUCCUCCUGCUGGCCACUGCCAUUUGGGGCGGCAGGAGACGUCACAAGGGGGGCAACAGUAUCUCCAUGGCCUCAGUUCAGGACGGCUAAUGAGGUCAAAGGUGACGUAGCGUCAUGUUGUCAUCAUGACAUCAUUGCGAUUCAUUAACUUCCGUGUUGACAAAAUGUAGUAGCAAUUGCCGCGACAUGGACCCAGCAAACUCAGGAAGCAGACAGCUGCUCACUCGCACAAGCUUGGAGGCAGGUCACAUGACCUACGGAGGAGCCCUGGAACGGUAUGAAAUGGAUCAGUCUGUCGUGCUGGAAUCUUCUCUGACUCACACCAUGGAUGAAACACACUGUCCAGAUGUGCUAGCGAAACCAUGACUAAGGAGAAUUUCGGUGCAGUUGUGUUGACACAUGUUUAGUCAUCUGUGAGUGUGUGAUCAAGCAGAAUGUGUUGCCCUCAUCAGAACCAGGUUUAUUAAUAAAUAAAGU